AGCCAGCCAGCCAAGGCCGCUGCCGCGAAUGUUUUGAUUCGGUUGCCAUCGUUUGGCCAUCAGUUUUUCGAUUAUUUCGUGCGCGAGGGAUGAAAAUUUCGUAAAUUUCACGGGAAUUUAAUGUGAAAGUGAGCUUUGGGUGCAUUUCGGGAUAAUUUGGGUGCGAAUUUUGGUGGUUUUGGUUUGGAGCACGCUAUUGGGGUAAAAUGUCCUCCUUCACCGAAUCCGGUCUGGUGAAGAAGCUGUCGGAGCUGAACCCGAGCCAGCAAAGUAUCCAGACGCUGUCGUUGUGGCUGAUCCACCACCGGAAGCACCACUCGAUCAUCGUGAAAACCUGGCUAAAGGAGCUGCAUAGGGUGUCCUCGUCGAAGAAGCUGACCUUCAUGUACCUGGCCAACGACGUGAUCCAGAACAGCAAAAAGAAGGGCCCGGAGUUUGGCAAGGAGUACGAGAAUGUGUUGCUGAAGGCGUUCAAGUUGAUUGCCGGAUCCGGGCCGGAAGAGAAGACGAUCCACAGCUUGAACCGGAUCCUGAACAUCUGGGGCGAGCGGGGCGUGUACGACGAGCCGAGAAUCAAGGAAUAUUCAGCUGCAUUGAACCAAAGGGAAAAGAGUCCGGCUGCCACGGCCACCGCCGCCACUCCGAGCAAGAAAAACGGCGAGGAAAAGCGUGAAAAGCGGAAGCAGGAGGGAGGCGAUUCCAACGGCCACGGUCAUAAGAAAAAGUCCAAGAGUUCGUCGAGCAGUUCGGCGACGGCCAACUCUGGCAGCAGCGCCGCCCCCGUCGAGAAGAAACCCGCCAAGAGCGAAGUGACCAUCGAGGUGAACGGCAAGGUUGAGACGCACGUGACGCUGAGUCCGCACCAGCCGGACGGCGAUCCGCCCGAGCCGGAGGAGCUGAUUCGCGUCAUCCAGGAGCUGGAGAACUCGGCCUCGAGCGAUGCGGCGGUGCGCGAGCGGAUCGCGAACCUGCCACCGGAGGUUUCGGAGCUGUCGGCGCUGGCCAAGCUCGAGGACAAGGAGGCGGCGAUGCGGUUGGCGGUGAAGGUCAACGAUGCCAUAAAGAUCCUGAACGACUACAACGCCCGGCUCGCCUCCGAGAUGGACGACCGCAAGAAGCUGACGACAAUGCUGAAGGAUUUCCAGCGGGAGCAGCAGGAAUUGCUGGCGCAGGCAGAACAGCGAUUGGAGGAGUACACAUCGAAGCUAUCGAAAAUCAAAGAGGUGCAGCGCGAGGUGCGCAACCACAUGAACAACCUGCCCGACUUGACGGCCCUGCCGGACGUGACGGGCGGGUUGGCGCCGCUGCCGUCCGCGGGCGACCUGUUCAACAUUCAUCACCACUAACCGGCUCUGGAAGAUCUCGCACACUCGAAAACGUUUCACGUUUGACGCAGCAAGAAACUAAACAAUUUUGAAAGGGUUGAGUUAGGAGCUAUCAAUUGUACCAUUCUUAUUCACCUGAUGUUAGGCAUUCGUAUUUUGAAGAUAAAUUGUGUGUUUAACUGUAUAUUUUGAUGGAGUCAUCAUUUUCUUCGCUGUUACCUUAGUUUGAGGUAAGCCAGUGUGAAAAAAAUGUGACUUUUUUGCCAGAAAUAACCAUUGCGAAAUGACACAUGAUUUUAUAGUUUGUAGAAUAACGCGACAAAGAAAGUAAACAAAAGCAAGUGUUGGUUUGUCACAUCCAAGUUGCAAUUAAUAAAUGUAAUGUGAUUUACGAGCACCAAUUAAAGUAA